AUGUCCUCAGCAGCACCACUCUGCGCUGCCGUUAUCCCUUCUUCUUCAUCAUCUCCGAGCGUUGGAAGCACUCGAAAGUGCGCUUCUUCUUCGUCCGUGUCCGCGCGAGGAAGACGACGAAAUUUCCAAAAAGUGCGAGCGACGCAAGACCUCCUCGGUUUCGAUUUAAACCCAGCCGCGUUGGGGUUUCUCUGCGUCAUGGUCGUUUGGGGAAUCCCACAGACGUUAGGGAUGAGCAGGUUAGACGGGAACGAGAAAAUCGCGCGAGAGAAAAUGUCGGAGUGGGGGAUAGAUACCUCGACGAAAGAAGGCAACGCGGAUUACAUUUAUAAGAAUAACUACGGUGCGGUGCAAGCGCGGUUUAAGAAAGAGUGCGAAAAGAGAGGCGAGAAAGCGGAGGAUUACUUGUGA